AAGCCAAGUUACAUGUCAUCUCUUGGAAAUGUUAUAGUAAACUUCGCUCGUGUGGUGCCCAAUGGUAUGCUGGUAUUCUUCCCAUCUUACCCAGUCAUGGAGAAAUGUCUGGAGCAUUGGCAGGAAAAUAAUAUAUACAACAGAAUCACACAAUACAAGUCAAUUGUGGAGCCAAGAGGGAAGGUGGCCCUGUAUGAGGCAAUGGAAGGCUUUUACGAGAAAAUUAACGACCCCAGUCUCAAUGGAGCUAUUUUUAUAGCAGUGUGUCGAGGGAAGGUGAGUGAGGGACUUGACUUUUCUGAUAUCAAUGGCCGAGCAGUUAUCAUCACUGGCCUGCCCUACCCACCACGUAUGGACCCCAAGGUUAAACUAAAAAUGGAGUUUCUUGAUGAAAUGAAAGGCAAACAGACAUUCCAGACUCUGACUGGAAAUGACUGGUAUAAACAGCAGGCGUCACGAGCUGUCAAUCAGGCUAUUGGGCGUGUCAUUAGGCAUCGCCAUGACUAUGGCGCUAUCAUUCUUUGUGAUACAAGGUUUUCCUAUCAGAACUCUGUGAAUCAAUUGCCUAUAUGGGUACGUCCAAACGUCAACAAAUACAGCAGCUUCGGGCAAAGUCUGAAGGACAUAAUGGUAUUCUUCAAAACUGCAGAGAAAACCUUGCCAGCUCCACAACCACUGAAGAAGAAACAGACAACAGCUGGUUGUCAUGGAGCACACUUUGCUCCCACAAUGUCAAGGUCAAAGAUUGUCCCAAAGCUUGAGCAAGCUCGUAAAGUGGAACAGCAUGUCAGGAGUCUGCGUAACACAGAAGAGGAGAAUGCCCUACUUCAAAGUCAAUAUGAAUAUACCAGACAGUCAGUGGUUAAGAACAAGAGGCACAGUCUGUUGGGGGCUUUGUCUGAAAGUGAGGUGAGUUUGCAUCUACAUAUAUAUCCAUACGUGCCAUACUUCCAGGAGACCCAAUUAGGGAGACUGAUGAUUAUUUUAAUGGA